AUGUGGCCAGGCAGCAACCAAGUUUCUACUGCGUUUUGGAACACAAUCAUUGAGGAACACGGCCUCGAUGCAGAUGGCCAUCUCAAACCAGACCAGGACGAAUACUCAUCUAAGCGUAUCGAUGUAUUCUUUUCCGAAGCAUCCAACCACAAGUACGUCCCCCGUGCUGUGGCUGUUGACCUGGAACCCGCUACCCUUGAUACAAUCCGCUCCGGCCCCCUCGGCCACAUCUACCGACCAGAUAAUCUCAUUAGCGGUGAUUCCGGCGCUGGAAACAACUGGGCUAAAGGUUUCUAUACUGAAGGCGCAGAGCUCAUGGAAAGCGUGAUGGACGCCGUGCGACAUGAGGCCGAACAGGCAGACUCGUUACAAGGUUUCCAGCUCGCCCAUUCACUCGGUGGUGGUACCGGUUCCGGUCUCGGUACCCUGCUGCUGACUCGCAUCAAGGAAGAGUACCCAGACCGUAUGCUCUCUACUUACUCUGUCCUGCCAUCACCCAAGGUCUCAGAAACUGUCACUGAACCAUACAAUGCUGUCCUCUCUUUCAACCAGCUCAUUGACCACGCCGACGCUACCUACUGUCUCGAUAAUGAAGCUCUCUACAACAUUUGCGAAAACACUCUCAAGAUUGCGCGGCCCACCCACAAGGACCUCAACGCCCUCAUUGCACUCGUCAUGUCUGGUGUUACUACCUGUCUAAGAUACCCGGGCCAGCUCAAUGGUGAUUUGCGUAAGCUCGCUGUCAACCUGGUGCCUUAUCCUCGUCUUCACUUUUUCACGGCCGGGUUUGCACCCCUUGUUGCGACAAAUGCAAAGUCUUUCCAAAACUACACUGUUCCUGAGCUUACCCAACAGCUCUUCAGCCCGACAAAUGUCAUGGCUGCUUGUAACCCGUACCACGGGAAGUACCUUACAAUCUCUACUAUUUUCCGUGGCAAAGUCGCCAUGAAGGAGGUCGAGGAUGCAAUUGCGGCCGCCCGUCAACGUAACUUUCAGUACUUUGUCGAGUGGAUCCCAAAUAACGUCCAAACCUCAGUUUGUAACGUUCCUCCCAAGGGCCUCGAGACUUCUGCAACUUUUAUUGCAAACUCAACUGCUAUCCAAGAGCUUCUUUCCCGCAUCUCGGACCAAUUCUCGCUCAUGUUCAAGCGCAAGGCUUUCCUUCACUGGUACACAAACGAGGGUAUGGAACUUGCCGAGUUUGGCGAAGCUUCUUCAAAUCUUAAAGACUUGAUUCUUGAAUACCAACAGUACCAAGAAGCUGGCAUUGAUGAUGAAAUUGUCGACGAAGAAGGUCUCAUUUAUGAAGACCAUGCAGUCUACGAUUCUGUCGUUGAUGAAUAUGCUCAAGGUGCUUAA